AGGAAGUGCACUGGUUGAGGAGUUUCAGUGGAAUAUAUAAAUGGUUUGCUUCUGAUCCAUCUCCACCAAAUCCACAUCGUCCCUCAUCUCCUCCACAUCUCCACAUCCUCCACCUGAACCAUGAAUGUCCUACGUGUCCUGAUACCCUUGAUGUCCCUGGUGGCAGUGUCCUUAGCCACAGGGAAAGGGUCCAGCUCCAUCUCCUCCUACUCCCACUCUGGUUUGGGACAUGGAGGUGGAAUAGGACACGGGGGAGGAUACGGUGUAGGAAAUGGCAUUGGAUAUGGAAAUGGAGGCUCUAUUGGUUAUGGUGUUGGCCUGCUGGGUGGAGGCGGCAUAGGUGGAGGACUCGGUGGUUAUGGGUACGGCUAUGGUGAUGGUGGCUAUGGGUAUGGCAAUAGUGGACUGGGUAAUGGAUAUAACCUGUACACCAUUGUUGGGUAUGGUGGUGGUCUUGGUGGUAUUGGUGGUGGUAUUGGUGGUGGCUAUGGUGGAUAUGGUGGGUAUGAUGGCUAUGGGAAUGGUAUUGGAUAUGGAAGUGGUAUUGGCAAUGGUUACACUAUCACCUAUGGCACUGGUAUUGGAAGUGGUAUUGGUGGUGGUAUUGGUGGUGGUAUUGGUGGUGGUAUUGGUGGUGGCCUUGGUGGUGGAUAUGGUGGAUACACGACUUAUGGUGGUAGAUACGGCAGUGGCGGCGGCAUUGGACAUGGAGGAGGCAGCUCAGUGUCCUACGGUUACGGACACGGCGGAGGAGGACACGGCACCGGCCACACAGUCGUUGUCAAGAAGGGGUAUACCAGUAGCGGCCAUGGUGGUGGUGGACGUUAUGGUCAUGGUAGCAGCUACAGCAAGGGAUAUUGAUACACGUAAGGAGAAGGACACAAGGAGGGGGAGAGGGAGUCCUUGGGAACACCUGGUCUCAGUUAACUCCUAGUCCUAUUCCUCGGUCCUCCACGUCCUCUUAAGUGUGAAGCAUCAAGAGAAGGAAGAAAAUGAUGAAGAAAAUGAAGAAAAGAAGUGAAGGCAGAGGAAGAAGAGGAAGAAAGAGGACUCAAGCAGCAAUAUUUCCAACACAAACAGACACACACACACACACACACACACACACACACACACACACACACACACACCAGUACCGUUUCUCUUUUCAUGUAAUAUUCAUUGGUUAAAUUCUUCUUAUUUCAACAACAUAUGAAAAAAAAAGAAAAAAUAGUUCCUAACACUUGUACUUUAUUAUUUUCCUCUCCUUGUACCAACCUCUAUCUAACCUUACAUACUUUCAUCACCUUUUACUGUUACUAUUAUCAUUUUCAUCUGACUUUUAUUAAUAUAUUUGUACUUUUUUACUGUUAUAAGAUAGUUCGUAAAUGGUAUUUGUAUUGAUUGUAUUUUCUGCUUCUGUACCUGUCAUGUUGCAAGCUUUUCUCUCUUACUUCACCUGUCCAGUAGAGGUAAACAGGUGAAGCUGGACAGGUGCGAGCAAGAGAGAGAGAGGGGAGGUAAUGUGACGCUAAUGAAAUAUCUAAGCAAUAAAAUUAAUGAGCAUC